AUGAAAUCUAUAACAAUUCUGUGUAUUUUAUUCAUUUUACUUUUUGUCUUGAAUGCUCAAGUCAAUGGAAAUACUUUAAAUUUCAAACCAAACUUUCAAGGAACGUUUAGCGAUCCUGCGAGUUGGGUAGAAAAUGUAGCACCACUUAGCAAUGAUUCAGUGAUCAUUAGUUCACCAGGUAGUAUUUGCUCGAUCAAUGAUACCAACUCCAUUGAUUCUAUCACUGUUUGGAAUAAUGCAACUACACCUACCAACAGUCUUUAUCUUGUUGGCGCCAAUCUUACCAUAGCCAACACAUUGUCUGUAAAACAACCCAACACCGUAUUUAGUUGUAAAAAAUCCGUUGUAAAAGGACAGAUUUCAAUCACUGGGUCAUCAAAAGAUAUUAUUUUUGAUGAUUGCAAUUUCGAUAAACUUUAUAAUGAAGGAUCUAUCAAAGCAACUUAUAUAUCAUUACAAUCACAAAACAUAAUAAAACUUGAAAAUAGUGGUCAGUUUUACUUCACAUUAAUGACAAAUUCCUUCAUUGAAUCAUUGAUUGCCAAUGGUGGUCUAUUUUAUUUCCUUCAAGGUAAAAAUGUUUCUAUAAAAAAACUAUUUGCAAAUGAGACACAAUGGAAAUUCCAAAUGUUUGGAUCUCAAAUCUCUAUUGAUAGUUUAGAAUCUCAAAAUGGUCUAUUUGGUCAAUUAACUUUAACAACUUCACAACUAUCUAUUGGUAACUGCAGUAUAAUUGGAGGUUCUUUGUCUGCCAACUUAGAAGGAUCCACCCUCAGUGUACCAAUUUACAUUAAUAAGGUUGAUUUCACUUUUAAAGGUACAUCUUCAUCAUCAUACAUUUUUGAUGGAUCAAAUGUUAGUUUAGAACGUGGAGUAUUUGAUUUAUCUUCUAGUAAAGUACAAUUCUCAAAAAAUAGUACAUAUCUACAUAAAUCAAAUUUUAAAUUAGUAGAUAGUACUGCAUUGUUCCAAGAUGAGAUAGCAAGAAUGGAUUUAUGUACAUCUUCAAUUGUUAAUUCAGUAUUCAAUAUGGACACAAAGUCUUUUGCUGUAAAUGGAUUACUAUUAAAUUCAACAAAUUCAAAUAUUAUAUUUGGCGCCACAACCAAUGGAUUAUUAUCAGGUUCAACUUUAAAUAUUACUCAAAAUAGCAAUAUUACAUUUAAUCAAGGAUUAGAGAUACAAUCAAGCAGUAUUUCAAUAGAUACUUCUCAGCUAGUAUUUGAAUCACCAAUUUCUAUCAAUUUAAAUUCUUAUAUUCAAUGUAAACACUCCAUUAUAAAUAUCAAAUCAAAUGUAUUAUCAAACUCUAGUUCAAGUUUGGUAGUCGAUAGUAGUAUUAUCAAUAUUAAGAGUUCUCAGUUCCUAUUGGAUUUAGCCCUUAUCAACACAUCGAUUACAAUUGAUGAUCCAAUUCAACUUGUUUCUCUUACCUUGGACAGUAAUUCCAAUUCAACCAUUCAACUCGAUGACCUCUUGCAAAUCGAUUCACCCAAGAUCAAAGCAAAAUCAUUGAUAUUGAAUGGUAUUAUCAAUAUUGUGGUGAGUAACAAUGUCUUUGAUACUCUGGUAAACAAAAGCGAUCCAGUCCCCAUAAUAACAUGUGACAAUAACAAUGCAAUCUACCAAAAGCAAUUAAUCGUCAAUUUUAGUUUACUCGAUGCAUCCAGAGCAGAGAGUAUCGCCAAUUGCACUGUAUUCACACUCACCUCUACUGGAAUCUAUAUUUGGGCAAAAUAG